UCUGGCCUCCAGACGCGCCUUCUGAGUCGUGUUCACGAGCCAAGAUCGACGGCUUCUCUAGAUGCAUGGCCAUUCGUCUCAGACCGCCGUAUUGCUGUUGACCCCCCUCGAAGCUCUCGCCGACCCUCAUGGAUGUAUGUCCCUCGCGAACACACGCAAUGCGCAGGGCUGUUGGUGCCCCUGUGGUGUCAAUACUCCUUCUGUUUCUGCUCCUGGUCGGUUCUGCGUUCUCGGCAGUCCCAUAUGCUCCUUCGCAGCUCCUCUACUCCUUGAACAGCAAUGGCUCCUUUGCCUACCUGCUGCAGACCACGGGUACUAGCCAGGAUGCCUCGACCGAGUUUAUCACCUGGAAUAUUUCAGGAAAGCUCAAUACCGCAAGCCCGAGCUACAAUAUUCUGAUGGACCCAUUGCCGUUUGAGCUUAAUGAGCAAUCGCCCGCUUUUGUGCCUGUUAUCGAUCAGCAUGGAGUGAUUAAGAUUUUUGUAGGCGAUUGCCGGGAUGCUCUGGAUAAAGCGGAUGUGUGGCAGUUUACUCCGGACACCAACAGCUCCAUUGGCGACGGAGUCUGGGAGAAGCUCACCGUGGCGGAGAGCAGUACAAGCGCCAGCGUGAGUGGGCCGGAUUACCUCUCUGCGGGGUUUGCGUAUUCGGCCACCAAUACCUCCGACAGCUCCAUCUAUGCCUUUGGGGGAAUGUGCCCUUUCUCGAAUGCCUCGGAAACCAAUUGGAUAGCUGCCGCCAACUAUUCACAGUCCAUGAUCGUCCUUGAACCCUCGGGAUCCGGGAGGACCGAUUCUUAUGACGCCGCUACCACCGGCAAUCGAGCCCCCCCAAUUGCAGAGGCUGGCUUCACGAUCACCCCAUUGCAGGCCACUUAUGCAUAUUCAACCAGUGGUGAGGUGCGCCAGCAGCAGGACUUCCUUCUGAUCGGCGGCCAAACCCAGGAGGCAUUCAUCAACAUGUCGCAGCUUGCGGUGUUCUCUCUUCCCCAGAACAGCUGGAGCUUCGUGACGGUUGAAACCACAUCUGCUCCUCCUUACAAGACCGAGCUCGCUGCGCGGGAAGUUGCCACGGUCGAACCGAGGUCGGGACACACGGCAGUCCUUUCCCCGGACGGGACCAAGGUCAUCGUGUACGGGGGCUGGGUCGGGAAUACUAGCAUCGCUGCUCAACCGCAGCUAGUUAUAUUAGAGCUAGGAGAGAGCUACGGAGGCUCCGGUGACUGGUCUUGGAGCAUACUGUCUACCGAGGAUACUGAAAUUGCAGGAGCGAGUGGAGUUUACGGACAUGGAGCAACAAUGCUACCUGGCGGCAUUAUGAUGGUUGCUGGUGGGUACAGCAUCCCGCAGUCAUCCUCUUCAACUACCUCGAAACGUUCCGCCACGCCAUCCCAACCCAACACGCAGGUCUACCUGUACAAUGUCACUUCUGGGAAAUGGGUCUCGUCCUACCAAAACCCCGGUUCCACCACCAUCCAGCGACACUCGUCUGGCUCUGGGUCGACGACAUGGAAGACUGGGGUUGGAGUUGGAGUCGGUCUCGGUGUCCCCGUUGUCGCGGGCGUCGCCGUCCUAAUAUUUUACCUCUGGCGGAGGCGCCAAAAGCGCCGCACGCGAGACCGGGAGCUCCGCAAGCUAGCUUUAGGGGCUGAAAGAGCCCACUUCUGGGGCCGGGAUGAACCUGUCAUGGCGAGUAGUAUCCGCAAGCCCGCUAUGGAAGAGGCCGCAGUGGACAAUGACUACCCUUGGACCGGCAACCGUGGAUUUGGGCGGUCAUCUAUCUGGCGCGAUAAAGGGGACACAGUCGCAGAAAGGACUGGCUUGCUUGGAGAGGCCCCCAGUCUCUCAACCACAGGCCGUUCAGGCUUGAGUGCGAGGAUGUAUCGACCUCCAACGCAAUACAGUGAGUACAGGAAAAGCGACGCCACUGGCGAUAUACACCCAAUCGAUGAGCGUGAGGAAGACGAAGCGAAGGAUGCAGAGAGGGUCGUCACGCAGGAAACGAUCGAUAUCCUGAGAGAGUCAACAUUUCUGACCCCUCUGAGCACAACCGUGUGUGGAGAAUCGUUCACGACUGGCUCAGCUGGACCUUCCGACUAUAUAGCUGGGAUCGGCUUCGAUAGAGACCUACCGGCCUCCCCGGACCAGGACGACCGGACAUCAUCCAACCUCUCCGACUCUUCGACGUCGGCCAAGUCGGUCCAUCAAUUCCGUGGAGUCAAUCUCAGCUACCCCUCAAGCCAACCAAGCAGUGGGCGCCAGUCACCCCAGAAAGCGGCCUCUAUGGCUGCCCUCAGUCGGGAGCCAACCCGAAGCCGACCCAACAGUGCGGCACUUUCAUUCGAAAAACGCUACUCCUCUGACUCCUACUCCACUGCUCCGACCACGCUCUCCCAGAGACAAGCCGAAGGCGAGCAUCUCCUCCGCGAGGAUCCCGAGUCGUCCUCUCCGCUCGACCUUUUCCCCAAGCCCACCAUCUUCCCGAAGCAAAGAACAUCCGACUGGAUCGGCAGCAACGUUCGCAGAGUCCUCUCGCUGACGCGAAGACGCCCCACAACCGACCCCGACCCGAUCACGGCACCUCUGGCCUCCGGCAUUGACCGCAGAAGCACCCUCCUCAGUCCCACCCCCGCCUCAGGCUACGGACUCCCCCGCCGCUCCGUGAGUGCAUCGGCCGAACUCUUUCGACGCAAACAAGGAGCCAAAGACUGGGGUGCGGAAAACCGACUCUCACGCAACAUGGAGUCCCAGGCUCGAUCCUCCCGAGACGACUCCGCUCUACACGGAUUCCUAGACCUCAGCCCAGAUAGUGACGAGGACUGGGACGUCGAAGGCGCUGCCGAAGGCCGCCGCGUCCAGAUAACCUUCACCGUCCCCAAAGAGAAACUCCGCGUCGUCAACGCCACAGCAGGCGAACUAGACAACUUCUCCGAGAAGUCUGUCAGCAGAAGCAAUAGUGAUGCUGCCAAGUAAGCUGUGCUUACUUUUCUUCCUUUCUUGUGACCUGUUUUGCGUGAAGGAACACGACAAGUGUCCGUGGCGGCGGUUUCAGUUGCGUUGAUACAUACCCACAUACAUACAUACGGGGUUUCUGGGUUUCUGGUUGUUGAUAUGAUACUCCACUCGUCCCAUGCUGGUUCUUGCUAUCUUGUUCAUAAGUUCUUCCCUUCGUUUCUUGUCUUAUGCGGUUGGAUUGAGAUUAUGAUGACGAUGAUGACGAUGGAUGUUGAUGAAAGAAAUGUGGAUUUACGAGCUACGAGUGGAAUAAACGAGAAUGAUCACGUUGAUCCAAAA